AUGGAAACGGCAGCUGAUGCUGUUGAUGAUUAUGUACGUAUUGGCGAGAGCAUGGUAAUAGAGAGUUUAAAAAGGUUUGUUAAAGCAAUUGUCGAGGUAUUUGCAGCUGAAUAUUUGAGACGACCAAAUGCGGAAGAUGCGUCUAGAUUAAUGGCAGAGACCGAACGACGUGGCUUUCUCGGAAUGUUGGGAAGUAUCGAUUAUAUGCAUUGGAAGUGGAAAAAUUUUCCUACUGCUUGGCAAGGAUCUCUAAACGACAUCAAUGUAUUAGAUCGAUCGCAUCUAUUUGAGGACUUGGCAGAAGGUCGUGACCCUAAAGUGAAGGAUACUAUUAACGGAAAUGAAUAUAACAUGGGCUAUUAUCUUGCUGAUGGUACAUAUCCUUCUUGGCCAACAUUUGUUAAAACUAUUCCAAGGCCUCAAGGUAAUAAAAGAAAGUUUUUUGCGUCUGCACAAGAAUCUAUGAGAAAAGAUGUUGAAAGAGCAUUUGGUGUGUUGCAGUCUAGAUUUGAAAUGGUUCAUGGCCCAUCACGAUUUUGGGAUGUGAGCACAAUGAAGUAUAUUAUGACAUCUUGUAUAAUUUUGUACAACAAGAUCAUCGACGAUAAGAGGGAUAUCCAUAUGGAAGAAUAA